AUGUCUUCCGCUUCUUCGGUAUCGUCCUCUGUAUACAACUCAUCUGAUUUUGCUUAUUGGGAGCAGCUGGAUCAUGAGAAUGCCCAUAAAUUUGACCUCCAAGAUCUUAAAGGAGUCACAAAGGAUGUCAAAAAGUCGCAAGUUCAACAAGCAAUCUUCCACCGAGGACUCUUCCGCCUGGAAGCACUGAUGCCCCCCGAUCGCAAAAGCAAGGCCAAGCCAACCAAGCAGAUGGUCCUUGACGAUGCAGGAGAUUAUAUUGAGUAUCUUAAGGAAAGAAAUGAGGAGUUGGAAGCCAAGUUGGAAGCAUUGUUAAAGAACAAGGAGGCCGAUGCUCGUGUAAAGCAACUUGAGAAAGAGCUUGGACGUCUACAAUUAUUCCAUGAUGAUGUUGUAGAAGUUGUGGAUAAGAACAGGAUUAUCAAGUUUGAAACAAAUAAAAAGUCCAAAUAA